AUGUCUACUCAUCACCCUACAUUUGGCACGUCUAGUGGGAUAGGAAGUGUCAUUAAAUCUUUAACCAAAUCAUUCAAACCAUCAACGUCGAGAGAUGUUCCUAUCACCGUCAAUCCUACCGUUGUUGGAGGAGACCAAAACUUGCAACUAAUAUUGAAUCAGCUACUAUCAGAUUCAACUUCACCUCCAGCUCAACUUGAAGCACUAGAGAAACUAACAGAAAGCAUCCAGCGAUUCUCAAUUUCGUCUAUUCAAGAAAUAUGGUACUUGGUACGACACUUUUGCGACAUCAAGCAACCACGCAACAUCAGGCGACAGGGCUUUAAGUUGUGCAUAACUUGUAUUGAGAAGGACGAUAAUUCGAUUGGCGCUCGGGCUCGAUAUUUCAAUGAUUUUUACAAAUACACUCUGUUUUCGAGGAACCAAUUUGAUCCUGAUUUCACUUUAAUUUUGAGAGCAUUGACUUUAUUGUCGAAAGAUGGCCACGAUAUUCAUGAUUUCGUUCUAUUUGAUAACCAUAGAAACUUAAUCAGAUGGUUAACAAAGGGAGUCGAUAACCUUGUUUCAGUUUCAAGUGGCAACUAUAAGGACAACAAACAGACCGAUUUGCUGAUUAGCAAUUGCAUUGAGUUGCUACACUUUAUAACCAACUGUUUAAAGUUCAAUCAUGCUAUAUUGCAAGAUUUUUCAAAUGCGACUGUGUCAAAAGUGACCACCGUGCAGACGAACAAUGAACUAUAUCUCCAAGCUAUAGUUGACUUUUUGACUUGUUUUACCUCAUUUAGAAAGAUACGAAGUGAAAAUAUUUCUCAAAUCAUCAAGUAUUUGGCAAUGGCUCAUGAGCAAACAAAUGACCCGAAUUUAAAGAAACGAGCUCUUGAAGCAGUUGAAAAUAUGUGUGACGAGGGUACAUCGCUAAGUAUUUGUACUACUUUGUGUAGUCAAAUCUCGGAUCCCUCACUCAGGCAGCUUUCUCACGAGAAUCAACUUACUCCAGCCAUCUACACUUGUCUUGGAUCCUUGGACUUGAUAGAGCUACUAAGGGUAAGACUUCGCUUGGAAAAGAGUAAGCUCGAAUUCCCCCUGUUUCUUUAUUUGCGCUCUCUUCUAGGCACCUUGAGUUUAAAAAUACAUUUGGUCAACAAGAAGAUUCUAGAAAUGUUGGCAAACGCAUUCACUGGACUGUUUUACGAAAAGUAUUUCAAAUUAGAUUCUGCUGGUUUAUUCAAUGAUAUCUUUCCAUUUCAAAUUUGGUACUGUGAUGGAUGUUCAUUGUUUGAUGUGCUCGAAGCGAUCCAAGUCAAUGACGAUGAGGAUAAAGUUUUAAUGGGGAACUUGUGUGAUUCAGUAAAAACCUUAUAUCAAUCUCAUGAAUUGACAGUUCCUAAAGAUAAAUUGUUGCAGUGUUUUGUGGAAAAAAGUCCGUACUUGUCAGAAGAUGUUGCUUUAUUUGUCUUGCAGGGUUUCCAGGAAGAUAAAAGCUGUACGUUGUUGAACCCAAUAUGGCAUGAUGUUUCAUUACGAUUGUUGACCCAUUUUUACUAUGCCAAUCGUAGUACAGCUGUGAGAGUGAAAUGCCUUCAGGUAAUAUACGAAGCCUUCAAAAUGUCAAUGCUAGUGUUUGAACAGAAAAAGUACAACUAUGAUAUUUUUCUUGAAAUUUUAAAACAAUCGAGUGAAGAAACAGAUGAGGCCCUACUUUGCUACCUAUGUCAAGAAAUUUUAGCAACACUACUUGCUAAAUCCUCAUCUGAAAUAUUUUCUGAAUUCACUUCUUUGUUGAAACCAUUCUACGAAAAGAAAGCAUCACCAAGAAACGAAAUCAUCUUGUCAAGAGGGUACAUGAGUCCCAAGCCUGCUCAAUCCAUGAGCAAAGUUUCCACCAUAUUUUUAGUCAAGGUAGCUGAGGCUAUCUGUAUUUCAUUCGCCAUAUCACCUGCAUCUAGAAAACAGGAUUGCUAUAACGUGUUGAUAUCAAUUGCAAACACAACACAAAAUGGACAAGUGUUGCUAACAAUUGCCAAAUGUCUCAUCAGGCUAAGGGUGACUGCAGAAAAUUAUGUAUACAUCACUAACCCACAAGAUAUGGUUGGGUUGGCGUCUGCCUUCAAAAGAGACAAUGUUUCACCGACUGCUGGUCAGUUGUGGACAUAUCCUGAAACAGUUGACUUUAUUCCUAGCGAAUGUCUAGACAAACCACAAGCGAAUUUGCAAAUUCUAUUCCCCAGGACCAAUGAGAACAGCAUGGAAAUUUAUUUCAUUGAUAUCAAGAAAUGGUUUGGCAUUGUUUUGCAUAUUGUGGAGAACUUUGUCGAGUGGGAAGUCUACUCUUAUGUUUGGGCUCACUUUUGUUCCCAAUUGUCGAAUAUGCAAUUAUUUAUGCACUGUGAAGACGAAAUACUUCGGUUGAAAACUAUAGCAUGUGAUCAGUUAACCUUGAAAUUACCUCAGGAUCUAUCAUUCCCUAAAAAUGGUGAUUUAACCAAGGCUGAUUUGCAAGUGGCAUUAGUAAGGACUUUUUCCGCACUCAUCGGUUACCAUGAUUUAUUCCUGAAAUCCGAUGAAGAUCACAUAACGUCGAGCUUGAUAUUUGGAUUAGGUUCGUGGGAAAAGACAGCAAUUCCAUGUAUAAACAUUCUCACGAUUUGUUGCUACGAAAUUCCGUUAUCGAUCAAGAAAUACCUUACUUUGAUCUUGACAAAGUUACAAACGCGUAUUACUAGUGCAAAUGCCAGUACGCACACUUUGGAAUUCCUUAGUUCGUUGGUCCACUUGCCCCUUUUGGUUUCUGAUUUCACCAUGGAAGAAUUUAAACGUGUUUUUGGGAUUGCGUUCAAGUAUAUCCAAUAUACACGAGACACUGCAUUGAGAAAUUCAGAACAUCCUGUAAUGCCAAAUGUGCAACAGCAUGGAGUUGAUGCAGAAGUGGAAAAGACUCCGUCGACAAAGACGAAAUACCUUUCAUCUUUUAUGCUGCAGUACAUUUUGAUACUUUCAUACAAUGUUAUAUCGAGUUGGUUUCUUAAAAUUGAAAUGAGUGAGCGAAAGAAGAUCUCGUCUUUUUUGAUUAAACAAUUGAUUGCGUGUGAUGAAAUGAACGAGUCGGGACAACUUGGUGAUCAUACGGUUGGGUUUUUGGACUUUGUGAGGAAAUUCACUUUUAGCGAUUUGCCUUUGAAAGCUGUCAAUUCAACGAAAAAGAGACAAAAUAGCGACGACGAUCGUACUGUACUCAACCGAUGGAUGGUUGGAUGCUCGGUAGUGAGCAUCGAAACUGAGGUCCAUCUUGGAGAUACGGAAAUUCUAAUCAGGAAGCCUACUGGAGUCAGCAAGUUGGUUGUCAAAUUGGAACAUGAAACCGAGGUGCUGAAAAAGUCACCUGAGGUGAUUGAUCCAAACUACUACUUGUUGCAGUUGUUUGAUUCCAAAGUGAAGCCAAUACCUGUCUUGGAGGAUACUGUCAUCUCACGAGGACUAUCGGUCUUGGAUCGCAUCCCCAGUGUCGAGUUUCACAAGAUCGGUAUUGUAUACAUUGGUGAAAAUCAGUCGACGGAAAAUGAAGUAUUUUUAAACAAAGUUGGCUCCUUGGACUACCUCAAGUUCUUGGACAAGAUUGGUUAUCUUGUUAAAUUGAAGAAUAGUAGAGAUAUAUACACUGGCGGAUUAGAUACCGAGCUCGAUUUGGAUGGAGAGUAUGCAAGAUAUUGGAGUAGUAAAUUGACGCAAGUGAUAUUCCACAUAACAACAAUGAUGCAUCGUGAAGACCCAUCUGCGCCUCUAAGUAAUGGUUUAAUUUCAAGCACUAUUGAAAACCAAAAGGUCAUCGACUUGAAGAAGCGCCAUAUUGGAAAUAACUAUGUCAAUAUAUUCUUUGAUGAAUCAGGCAAUCAAGACUUUAAUUUUAAUUUAAUCAAGAGUCAAUUCAAUUUCCUAAACAUUGUUAUAUCUCCACAAGCAAUAGAAACUAAACGAUCAACAUCGUUACUAAAUACUUCUCAACACGGACGAAAAUUCUUCAAAGUGAAGACGUUUCGAAGAGCAGGGGUUCCUGCUAUUUUUGCCACUUGUCAUUUUAAACUCGUGAGCGAGGACCAGUUACCCAAACUCGUUCGAGGAAUUGCGAUUUUAGCCAGCGAAUUUGCCAAUGUAUGGCAUGCUAGUGACUUGUCAGGAAAAUACGUAUCCAACUGGGCCCAACGAGUUAAGCAGUUGCGGUUGCUCUAUGAUAAGUCAUUAGAAAACGUGAAAAAGGAGAAGGAACACGAACCGGAAACAUUUGAACAAUCGACAAUGACAGAGUUGUACAAUUCUUUUGAAUUUAAUUCUUAUACUUUAUAG